GCAAACGCGUUUUAAAGACCGAUGGGCUGGUCGUAAAUGCAAGCUAACAGAGUUAACGCAAUCAACCUGCUGGACAAACAAUAUUUUCCAAAAUGGGAAUAGCCGAUGAGGCUGACCGGACUCUGUUUGUCGGGAACCUGGACCCUCAAGUAUCAGAGGAACUUAUAUUUGAGCUGUUUUUACAGGCUGGGCCUUUGAUCAAAGUCAAAAUACCUAAAGACAACGAUGGAAAAUCAAAACAGUUUGCAUUUGUAAACUUCAAGCACGAAGUGUCUGUGCCCUAUGCCUUAACCCUGCUGAAUGGGAUCCGUCUCUACGGACGGCAACUCAACAUACAGUUCAGAGCCGGCAGCAGUCACAUCAAUCAAGAAGGAAAAAGUCCAGCAAACUCUCAAAACCCCAGUCCGGCAAAUACCCCAGGUCAUCGUGGUGGAAGGACUCCCGAGCAGAUGGGUUCUCCGUCUUACUCUCCUCCGCAGCACAUACAAAGAUCUUUCUCUUCACCUGACAGUCUGCAGAGACAGGCGAUGAUGAACAACAUGUGGCAGGUUCAGAUGCAGCAGUUGCUCCAGCUCAACGGAGGUCUCCAGCAGCAACCGCGCAGCCCCGCAGACGGUAACCACUGGCAACCGGAGCGGUCCGGCCAGCGCGCUCAUCGUCACUUUCACCAGGACGACAGCAGCCAUCACGGCAGAGAUCAGCGGCACGGCGGCAGCGGGAGCAGCCACGACCGGCAUCGGCGGGACUUCUAUCACCACGACGACCGCCGAAACUACCCCCCCGAGAGACGGAGAGACUCUAGAGAGGGACGGUGGAAACACUUUUAAAAAGCAUUUUAGUUCGUUUGUUUUUUAAAUCAACCGUUUUAAUGGCUUUUUGUUAUCCUCCUCGAUUUUAAUUUUUAUUUUCGCGGAUCGCAUCUCGAUUGUUGUAUAAAAAAAUAUUAUCUUUACUGCAAAAAAAAAAAGCAAAUUUUUUUGACACGAGGUUAAGGCAUUUAUACCGGAAAUUGUUUGUGGAGAUGCUCGAAAGAAAACGCUAAACCUGUAAUAAAUCGGCCGUUUCGUGUGCUGGCCUGUUUUUAAUGUAUAUUUUGAUCUCAGGGGGACGCUUACGUUCGUAUCAUUUUUUUUAUUUUUAAGAAUGUCCUUUUCGAGAUCUGUUUCUGUACAAUAGCAAACCGCAUAAAAGAUCAAAAAUAUGGUAGAUUUCGUUUUCUCUAGAGAUUUGUAAUUUCUCAGGAUUUCUCAUGGAAAAAAUAGAAAACCAGAUUUUAGGUGACUUGCGUUUGAUAAGCAAUUUUUUUUUACUCUCUAUAUUCCUCUUUUGGGAUUCUAUUGGGAUAAUGCCGAUUAUUAAUUCAUCAAGAUGGUCUUUGAAUGUUUGGAACAAUAACUAGUUUUAAUACUUUGUAUACGAUUUUUUACUGUCAAGUGCUACUUUUUGAUUUCAUAAAAGUCAGUUUACUGAUCUCUUUCUGAA